AUCCAUGGGAUUUGUGCCUUGAAUUCCACCUUUCUGCUUGCAGAUGCAGCACUGGAAGCUCAUUAACUCUGCCUUUCCAAUGUGCCCCCAGAAGGCCAAUUUCAUUUGGGCUUAACCAACAGAUCAGUGGAAAAUCAUUAAAGAGCUGCUUGUUCUUGAAGGAGGCAGCGAGUUCCUGAUUUGCAAGGUUGCCCAGGGUGGUGACAUUUUAAAGUUGGGGUUAAUAUGAGGUUAAAGCUCUUACCUCACAGAUAAUUUCAUUCUUAAAAGGGAUCUGAGAGAGCCAAUUCCAGUCACUUUUUUUUUUUUUUUCAAUGGGAAAUAAGGUGUGUUCACUUGGGUUUGUUUCAUGAAUUCUGGUGGAAGAAUUUGCUGUUCAGAUCCCAGAUGUCUCCCUCAGAGCUAUUCCAUGCCCUCUGCUCCCUUGGAGUUAUUUAACAACAAUUAUUAAUAUUUGUGGUUAAUCUUGACUCACUGUGAAAGCCUCAUGUGCUGUGCUGGUGCUUUUCUACACCUACAAAACUCCUGCAUCUUUGAUAAAACUUUAGAUCUAAUUGCUGGUCUGUUCAUAGGUGGUUUUAGUUAAAAUAGCCAUUUUCUUUCUGCUUUUUCUCCACAGGUUCACUAAUUAAUAUUGUGAUUUUGUUUCUCUCAAUCUCAUCUCUCCACCACAUUCAUUUGGGUUUACAUUAGCUUCACAUCCUGGACUCAGAUCUGAGCUGCAUUUUAAGGAAUUCCCAAGCCUGUAAGUCACCCAAAACACAAGAUCCUUUCAUUGCUCAUAGAUAUUCACUUCCUUUAUUUUUAAUUUUUUUUUUCCAAGCUGACUCUGAUGCUCAGCAAGUGACCUCUCUCCAGCUGCCAAGAUGGUAAUAAACGUCUGUCUCCCACAGUUCAAGCCAAGAAUUCACUGCAACAAGAUCUCUGCCGACGGCUACGAAGUGGAGAACCUGAUCUCCGAAGACCUGGCCAGGAGGAACCGCGGCUUCCGCAGCGAGUACUUCAUCAAGCCACCAGUGCACGUCACCAUCUCCUUCCCCUUUAACGUGGAGAUCUGCAGGAUCAACAUCGACGUCUCCUCCGGGGGCUACCAGACCUUCUCUGGGCUGGAAGUUUACACCUCUACCUCAUGCAACAAAACCUCUUGGCAGAGCCCUGAGGGGCAGUGCUCGGGUCUGGUCGGGCAGCCUGUGUCGGACAAGGACACCUUCACUCUGGUGGGCAAAGCUGUCUUAAAAAAUCAGAGCAAAGUGACUUUUGGCCACAGAGGCUUCAAGCCGAGGCCUCCCUUCCAUCAGAUGGAAAAUGUCUUCUCCUACCCCGGCUCGGUGUCCCAAGACCUCUGGAACAAAGGGCCAGCCUCACUCAGCAACGUGUCCCACCUAAAAAUCUGCAUCACCCACGUGGCCGGGGGGGGCCUGCCCAGCAUCAAGAGGCUGGAGGUGUGGGGACAACCUGCCAAGUCCUGCCCACAGGAGGUGAUCGAGGGUGUCUUCCAGGUGGCCUCCCAGUUUCUGGCCCAGGACCUCGGCAGCCUCAAGCCGGAGCUCUGGACGCCGAUGGAGAGCGACUGCGUCCCCUUCAGUGCCAACGAGCAGCAGACCCUGCACAAGCUGGUGGAUGUCGUCCAAGACAUCCCUGAAGAAUUCCUGGACCCCAUCACUCUGGAGAUCAUGACUUUGCCCAUGCUCCUGCCCUCUGGGAAAGUGAUUGACCAGAGCACCCUGGAGAAAUGCAACCGCAGCGAGGCGUCUUGGGGCCGGGUUCCCAGCGAUCCCUUCACUGGUGUGGCCUUCAGCCAGCACUCACAGCCCCUACCUCACCCCACCCUCAAGGCCAGGAUAGACCACUUCCUGCUGCAGCACAGCAUCCCUGGCACCAACCUGCUGGGCAGGGCUCACACCUCGGAGAGCCUGGUGCCCUCCUCCAUCACCAUGUCUUCUCUGAAAAGGAAAAUGGACUGCAUGGAUCAGGGCUCCCUGCAGCCGCCCUAUUUUUCUGCUACAAAUUUACUUGUCACGGCUACCUCAGAGAACAGUGCUAAAAAAAUGAAAACUGACAGUGACUCCCACUUGAUCCAGAUGGACUGUUCCACAGAUCUGGUGUCCCACGAGCAGAAGCUGUCAGAGAGCCUGGACACUGCCCUGACCUCAGCUCUCAGCUCCAUGCCCUCCUUCACAGCCAAGCUGAUGAAGAGCCAGCAGCAGGCUCCAGGAGAGGGGGGCUGCAGCAGUUCCUGGAGUGUGGGCACAGUCCUUGAGCACGGCAGGAGCAGCCAGACCCAGGGAUGUGCUUCCUGUGGCAAAUCCUUCUCCUGCUACUUCAAGGCAGAGCCCGUGUACCAGCUCCCCUGCGGGCACCUCGUGUGCCGGCCCUGCCUGGCCGAGCGCCAGAAGGCUCCGGCAUCCCCCAUCCACUGCGGGAGCUGCAAGAGAGUGGCAGCCACGCAGGAUGUCAGGAGGGUUCACUUCUGACCCCCAGGACUGCUGGGAGGAUGAGAAGGAGCUGCUGCUGUGCCCCGUGUCCGCACGGAUCCGCCGGAGGAGCCGCCGGGAGAGCCGGAGAAUGGAGAGGACUCGGUCUUGUGCUUGCAGAGCAGGGGGGGUGGGGGGUUAGAGCGCAGUGCCAGAGCCUGAGGAUGACAAAAGCCAUAGCUUCUUUAUCAAGGAAUAUGUAUUUAUCCAGGACUGGUCUCCAGCACUGCUCCGGGGCUCAGAGGUUUAGCACAGGUGCCUUUCGGACCAGCUCAGCUUCCCCCGCGAGUUCACGCCACGUUUGACCAGCAGCCACCUGGUUGUGGAGCAGGUAAUGUCCUUGUGAGUGACAACACACACACAAAGCCCCCUCUGACUUCCUCCCCUUCCCCACCUCGCUCUCCCCUCCCUGCUGGGAGUGUCUCUCAUCCUGGAAUCAACAGCAAGAGGCCGUGGUUGAGGUGUGAGGAGCUGGCAGUGAUCUCACCCUGCUCAUCCAGACUCUUGUAGAAAAGCCAUCCCAUCCCACCCUCUCGGUUUAUGUCGUGUGACUGGCCCAGCUCCUGG